CAACCCGUCCCCCACGCGAACCAGCCGACGGGGCAACUGGAGCUGCAGCCGGCCCCACAAGGACGGAAGAAAGGACUGAGGCAAAAAAGAAAGAAAAAAGUUCAGAAGGAUAACAGAACACAAAGACUAGCACUGCCAGCCACACUGACACCAGGCGACUCCUGGUAGCGUCGUGUGCUGCCAACUGUUGGGUCGAGCUGUUGCCGAUCAAAGCCCAUUAGUCGAGCGUAUUAUUCUUUUUUAUUUUGGCUCCUCAAGUCCUUUUUCCCUCUUUGCACCACGUCAACCCACCAGACGCACGUCCUCCUUCAAUCCUCCCCUCCCACAAAACACCCCCAUCUCCCACCCCCUCGACAUACACUUUGGCUCGCUUCGCUUUCGUGUGCGCCUCCAACCUUCUCGUUUCCCCUUUUCCACCAACCAUUCCAUCGACAAAAUGAUCCGUGGACUCUGCAAUCAGUUCAACGCUGGUGCUCUUUGAGCACCACCUACCUGGCCAUCCCUGCUGCGCCUGGCACCAGACGGGACCGACCGCUCCCCUUCAACUACGUCUACGAUCCAACUCACCACUCAACACGUUUUGCCGCUCGCCACAGUAGCUCUCCCUAUCUUCUCCUCUAUCUCCAACCGCUCACCGUUGUCGACAGUUCAAAGUUCGUUUCCCUGGACCCAAAGAAGAGAUGGAGGCUGCGGGACAAACCGUGUCCAAGAGGAGUGUUCGGGCCCCGACCGAGGAGGGUGCCGAUCAAAAGGGUGCAGGACGCCAAUCGAACAGGGGCUCAAGUUGCGAAGACUAUUUCGUUCCCGAGGCCAUGGAGAGAAGAGGUUCGACCUCCAGCAGCAAAACGGCCGUCGGCUCAGAGAUAUACCCGUGUUCAUCGUCGACGGCCACCACAGCCGUCUUCCCGGAUUGCACGCUAUUCGACGCUUGGGCCGACCCCACAGAGCCGCUGAGCUGGAACGAAGACGGCAAGCUGAUGCCGCUAGACCCCGUCAAGGACUUCUACAAUCAGGGCGUCCCGCUCGAGGCUGGCCUUCAUAAGGCCUCGCUUCCCAUGACCGGUCGGCCCACCAACUUUGGGGUUAUUGUCCCCGGUGUCUACCGCUGCGGCUAUCCCCAGCCCGAGGACUUUGCCUUUGUUGAGGGCUUGCAGUUGCGGAAUGUGGUGACGCUGGUCAACAAGGAGCUCCCCAAGGGCUACCAAGCCUUCCUUCGAGCCAAUGGGAUUAAACACCACAUCUUCGAGAUGAAGGGAACCAAAAAGGAGGACAUACCGGUCAAGACGAUGCAGGCCAUCCUCCGCCUCGUGCUCGACCGGAGGAAUCACCCGAUGCUGAUUCACUGCAACCACGGCAAGCACCGGACCGGCUGCGUCGUCGGAGUCGUUCGGAAGGUCACUGGCUGGGAGCUCUCGUCGAUCCUGGACGAGUACAAGUCGUUUGCCACCCCCAAGGAGCGCGAGUGCGACAUCCGGUACAUCUCCGCCUUCGAGUCGGCCAACAUCUCGCCCACCAUGUUCGCCAACACAUCGUCGCUAGCAUUGCGAAAGUGGUGUUUCGUCCGAGCGGCACUGCUCACCGUCUUCGUCCUGGCCGUCUGGUUCGCCUCGAGCUCAAGCUUUGCGUGGCAGCCUCGAAACCACUUUGUCGACAUUCGAUGAGCCAACAAGCGUCGACUUGUCAACUGCAUAUGUUUUCCUGCCUUUUUUUUUUUUUUCUUUGCGGAGCCUCGUUUCACCACCAACCCCCUUCUCUUUCCGUCCUUUUUGCCGCUGGUAUCAGUGGAUAGCCGUCUCUUGCUUAAGAUUGGCGGAGCGAUAUGGGUUAAGCUAUCCUGGCCCUAGCAGCAUUUUCAUAUUUGCAGCACCGGCCACGACCAAAGCCUCAGCGUUCAGGAAGGGCCUUAGCCCCAGAAAGAAGUAAUGGGGGAGUGGUGUGCAUCACUUGGCAUACUCUAGAUGUGGGGUGAAGCGAGGUGCCUUGUUAGAUGGAUAAAGAGGAGACCAUCAAGAGCUGAGACGUCUCCUGGAGUUGUACUUGGGUUGGCAGUUUGUCUUGCGUGCUGCUUUCGUUCUUCUUUUUCAUUGCCUUGUCUUGUUUGUCAUUGUCGGGAGUGCGGACUGUAUCCGAUCACCUUGUUUUCCCCAAACCUCAGUCUCAGCCUCUUGUUAGUUCGUGAGAUGCCACCAGGUCUUCAAAUGUUUUCUUUACGUAGAGCAACUCCCCGUCCGUGAGGCAGGAAGCUGGUGCCCUUUGCCCAAUGUACUACCAGGUCCAAUCAUACACAGACAGAAUAGAACAGCGAUGGUGGAUAGAUGGCCUCUCGCAACAGCAUCCCUCGCUCUAUUGCCACCGCCUCGAUACGUUAAGUCUGAAACCUGAGCGACUUUUCUCCCGCG